ACUUGCCCAUUAUUGGGUUCUUCCGCAAAAUCCGAAGAUACGACGUUGGACGAAACUGGUUUUACGUUCGUAUCCAAGUGUAUUACAGCGCUCGAAGAUAGAGGGCUUGAAGAACAAGGUUUGUACAGAGUCGUCGGUGUUGCCUCGAAAGUGAACAAACUUCUGACGAUGGGACUCGACAAGAGGAAAGUAGACAAGAUCAAUCUAAACGAUCGUUUCGAGUGGGAGAGCAAAACUAUUACUAGCGCACUCAAGACAUAUCUAAGGACAUUGUCGGAACCGUUGAUGACUUUCCGAUACUACAAUAGCUUCAUUACAGCUGCGAAACAGGAGACGAAAGAAACUAGGAUAAACGAUGUACACAACCUCGUUUAUCGACUACCCAAAGCCAACUUCAACAUGCUGAUUCUUCUUAUCACACAUCUUUGCACUGUGGCCAAAAAGAGCGAUAAAAAUCUGAUGACCGUGGGGAACUUGGCGGUAUGUUUCGGUCCGACAUUAUUGCGGCCGGAAGAGGAAACGGUGGCUUCCAUAAUAGAUAUCAAAUUUCACAAUAUCGUGGUGGAGAUAUUAAUAGAGAAUUGCGAAAGAAUCGUGGCUGGAUCUCCGCAAGAUUCGUUGCGCACAGCGGCGGGACACUCACCGUUGCAAACCACUGUUGUUGUCCCAAGUAAAUCGCAACGUGUCAAAGUCCAAGAAGAGGGUCCGACUUCUUCCUCUGGUAACGGCACGGCAUUCAUGAGAUAUCCGCUUCACACGGCGAUAUCGCUCACACCCACGUCGUCGCAGGCGCACCUUGUUACGAGGUCCUAUUACGACGGGCAGCCUUUAACGGUGGUUAACAAGUCCUCUAUCGUCGACGAAAGAAGCAACGGGGAUUACGAAGACCUCGACAACACGAGCCAUCGUAUACCAUUGUACGUAGAAAUUGGUCGUGGUGGCGGCAGCGGUGGUGGCGGUAGCAGUCGCAUAAAAUUGACUAAUGCGAACCUGAUGUAUCAUUCAGCCGACAAAGUACUGAGCGGCGGUAAUACGAGUAGCUCGAGUGAAUCGAUCGCGUCGGACCCUCAUCCGUUUACAGGCGAGAUACCAGUGAAGCAGAAACGCAGCGGCAUGAUGUCCGUGCACUAUCCCACCGCUUACUCCCAACGCAGCAACUCGUCGUCAUGUCCCAUUAACACUUCGCCCGGUAAUGGACGUUCGAGCCCCGGUCAGACGCCUGGAAUUUGGAGAGUACGAACUUUGUACGCGUGCAUGGCGGAAAAUGACGGGGAAUUGUCAUUUGAACCAAAUCAAAUCAUCACAAAUGUUAAGGACUCUUGGGAACCAGGUUGGCUGGAAGGUACGUUGAACGGUAAAACGGGAUUGGUACCGAAGAAUUAUGUUGAACAACUGCCCUAAAUAUUAGCCAAAGAGUGAGACAAUACGGUGACUUCACCAUCAUGAUGAAACGUUCUUCUGAGGAUCGUCUUUGGUCGUUCAAGAUAGGCAAUUGUACAACGUGUUGUAAACUUGAUUCAUAUUAAUUUUGUUUGGCUACACACUGCUUAGUCAAUUACAUAAAUAUAUAAUUGAUAUA